UUGCGCGCCCUGUCCCGAGAGCCCCGGCGGAGGAGAGAAGAUGCUGCUGUCGCUGGUGCUGCACACUUACUCCAUGCGCUACGUGCUGCCCGCCGCCGUGAUGAUGGGCACCGCGCCGACCUACAUCCUGGCCUGGGGUGCCUGGCGGCUGCUCUCGACCCUGCUGCCCGCCCGCUUCUACCACCAGGUGGACGACCGGCUCUACGCCAUCUACCAGAGCAUGGUGCUCUUCUUCGAGAACUACACCGGCGUGCAAAUAAUUCUGUAUGGUGAUUUGCCAAAAGAAAAUGUGAUAUAUAUAUCAAAUAAUCAAAGUACAGUAUAUAUUUUGUUUCCACAGAUAUAUUUUGUAAUUUAUCCAGAAGGAGCAUUUUACAACCUAGAACUGCCCAAAGUAAUUACAGAUAGCCAGUCAUAUGAAAAGAAAGGUCUCACAGUACUGAAACAUGUGCUUACUCCAUGGGUGAAGGCCACUCAUGUUGCUGUUGAUUCAAUGAAGAGCUACUUUGAUGCAGUUUAUGAGGUUACAAUAGUCUACGAAGGUACUGUGGAUCAUAAAGGACAAAGGAAAGUGGCACCAUCCAUGACUGACCUUCUUUAUAAGGAGUGCCCAAGAAUUUAUAUCUAUAUUGAACAAAUUGAGCUCAAAGACAUUCCAGAAGAACAAAUGUUUAUGAGAAGAUGGCUUCACAAUUUUUUUUUUAGAAAUAAAAACCAACAACCGUUAUUACUGGCAUUAAGAAAAUUAGUGGCUGUGAGAUUUUAUGAUGCAAAAGAUUCUAAAAGAAGAAAUAAGUUCCUUGGGAAAAGUCUUCGCUCCAAACUAAGUCUCCAGAAAACAUUGCCAUCCUAAUUGUUUUUAAGUGGCUUGAUUGCCACGAUGCUACGGAAGGAAAGCAUGAAAACACGGAUAUAUGGCAGCUUAUUAGGCUGUCUCUGGGUCAGUAUUAAAGCAUAA